AUGGGUGCCGUCGUCUCCUGUAUUCAAAGCGUCUUCCGCGCCAUCGGAAGUUGCCUCAUGGCUGUCGUCAAUGCCAUCGGCUCCAUCCUCCACGCUAUUAUCAGCGGCGUCGUGACCGUGAUCGAUGUCAUCAUCUCUUGCCUCACCUGCGGCACAUGUGGAAAACGCAGACGAGGCCGACGAUCGGCAGUCUGA